UGCCUGCGCUUGCGCGCAUGCGCUUUAGAGAGACGACCGGCGCCGUGGGGGGUGGAAUUAUAUUCGGCUCGUGGUCGGCGUGAAAGGGGUGCCGGAGCCCCACUUGGAUGAUUCAAGAUGUCAGAAGGGACUUCGAGCGGUGAUCCUGGGAACUCUGGAAAUACCCGCUCCACACUUGGUACCGCGCGUGGCCUGAUCGGGAGGAGACCCAGUGCCCCAAUAACACCAGGCCGCCUGCCCUCCAUUCGCUCCCGGGACCUUACCCUUGGAGGAGUGAAAAAAAAAACCUUUGUGUACAACAUAAUUAGCCGGAAAAUCAAAGAAGAACCCAAAGAGGAUGUUUCCAUCAAGAAAGAGAAGAAGGAUCGCGAUCGAGAACGGCAGAGAGAUGGUUAUGGACGAGGCCGAGGGAGGCCAGAGGUCAUCCAGUCUCACUCCAUCUUUGAGCAGGGUCCAGCAGAAAUGAUGAAAAAGAAAGGGACCUGGGAUAAGACCGUGGAUGUGUCCGAUUUUGGUCCAUCCCACAUCAUCAACAUAAAGAAAGAGAAGAGGGAGACUGACGAGGAAACCAAGCAGAUUCUGCGCAUGCUGCAGAAGGAUGAUUUCCUUGAUGACCCAGGGUUGAAAAAUGACAUCCGGAACAAGCCCGUUCAGCUUCCGCUGGCCCAUUCGGGCUGGCUUUUCAAAGAGGAAGAUCAAGAGGAGGUCAAGCUUUUGCAUCCGAGCCCAAAGGAGGAGGAGGAGAUGGAUGUAGACGUAUCUUCGGUGAAAGUGAAAGAGGAGCCCCACGAUGGAGAAGAGGCACUGCCUGCCCUCAAACCAGCUCCGGCCAAGGCACCUCCCCCCUUCCCUCCGGACGUCUCCGUGGCUGAGCUGCUGCAGAAACUGAGCCUCUGCAGGGAGGAUGAGCUGCUCUUUCUGCAGCUGCCAGACACGCUCCCGGGCCAGCCCCCCACCUGUGACGCCAAGCCCAUCAAAACGGAGGUGCAGAACGAGGAUGGCCAGAUGGUGGUGAUAAAGCAGGAGAAAAGCCAGGAAGCCAAGGAGGCGGAGCACAUCUGUACCCUGGGGGACCUCUCGGAGGGGCAGGUGGGGAAGCUGCUGAUUCGCAAAUCAGGGAAGGUCCAACUCGUUCUGGGCAGAGUCACCCUGGAUGUGACCACAGGGACUCCCUGCUCUUUUCUCCAGGAACUGGUGUCCGUGGGCCUUGGAGAUAACCGGAGUGGUGAAAUGAUCGUGCUGGGCCAUGUGAAACACAAGCUCGUCUGCUCUCCGGAUUUCGAAUCCCUGCUGGAACACAGGCAUCGAUAAGGUGGUCAGACUGGGACUUCGUUAAAGGCCUGUGUUGGAGGGCCUUGAUCCUCCCUGAGGGAUCCUUCGAAACAACAGGGAUUUUGGGCUAACCAGAUGUGUCCUACUCAGAGGUUCCUAAGAAGACCUCUUCCAGACAGGCUCAACCGCCCUGUAGAGGAACGGAGCUGGGUGACGUCUUGGGGCCAAGCUUGGCCUCUAGAGCUAUAAAGCCUUCCGUGAGGAGAGGUUGUAAGAACAACAGGAACCAAAGGGUUGAAGAUAAGAGUUCUCGUUUUGUUUUGUUGUGGGUUUUUUUGUUUUGUUUUGUUUUUUGUGCGGGGAAGGUUUCUAUAGCUUCAGUUGAAGGAUUCUAGGACCUGUCGUUGGG